ACGAAAUAAAGCAACUUCAUUCUCAACUACAAAUAUAUGUAUUAGCAUUAAAUUGAUCAUGACUGAUAAUGUGCCACUGCUACCCACCAAUAAUCUACGCUCGGGGGUGCAAUUUGGUGCAAGAAAAGAGUUUCACACGGUCUCAAAACAACAAAGCUUGGACAGUGCAUUUUUGGGCAAUGAAAGACGGCCCUGGAAGCAGACUCAAACGAAACCCAAGCGCGAUGUUAACAAGGAACGGGACCUAGUAUUGGCAUUACUGUCCACAACUUCGCAUGGCCUAGACACCAAAGAGAACGUCGAGAAGAUUAUGGAGGAAAAUAUUAGUUUCCGUGAUUUGGCUUCGCUCUGUGAUGAGGACUUACAGCUGUUUGGCUUUGAUUCUCGUCAGCAACGUGGAGACCUGGUGAAACUGUUUUCUACACUGCCCAAUCAGGAUCCAAGCUAUGAGCACAUAUGCCGCACGGACACUGCACAGGGAUACAAUAAUUUAAUCGUCGGCAAUGCGGCAAAUCAUUUAAUGUACAUGCGUUCCUCUUUGGCGGCCACCAACUACAAGCUACAGGUGAUGCCUCCAGAGGAUGUGGUGGUGGGUGACAAGCGUUAUGCAAGUCGCUUUGCAUUGGAGGCGCUAAACAGCGUGCAAUCCAUUUCAGAUGAGUUGGUCAACGAUUUAAAGAAACUGGAAAAGAUGAUGGCGGAGCCCAGUAAGAAGAAACAUCUUGACAGUGGAUCACCAGCCAAGGAGAAAAAAUUGCGCAUUUUAUAUUACACAGCUAUAGCUGUAGGCACAGCUUGUGCUUGGUUCUGGUGGUGGUCUAAGUACAACAACAGUGCCAAUUUGGAAAACAUCUCAGUGAAAAUUUGAGAUAUAAUAAAUUUAACGUAUAGCAUUUAUAACAACCAAUUAUUAGACUGUAACCAUUCCAUGGAUUUCGCUGACUUUUAUGUUCUCAAAUAUGUAUUAUCCUAACUAUGAAUCUCCCCAUUGUAAGGCAAGCAUGCUUACACAAAUAUUUACAUUAUUAAAUUAAGAAA